AGAGAAGGAAGAAGAGAGAAAGGAGAAGAAAAGAAAAUGGACCGGCAUAAGACCGCCGUGGCACGCAUUGCGGCCGGGGUGCGCGCGUUUUACGAGCGCAAGGAACCGUUCCGUAUCUUCCACGGCUCGACGAACAGCACGCGACCGAUCCGACGCGAGCGUGAGAUCGACAUCAGCUCGCUGCGGAACGUGCUGCACGUCGACACGGCGCGGCGGCGGGCGCUGGUCGAGCCCAACGUGCCGAUGGACCGGCUGGUCGAGGCGACGCUGCGGCACGGGCUCGUGCCUCCCGUUGUGAUGGAGUUUCCGGGCAUCACGGCCGGAGGCGGGUUCGCAGGCACAGCGGGGGAGAGCAGCUCGUUCAAGCAUGGGUUCUUUGACCGGACGAUUGAUUCGGUGGAGAUGGUGCUGGCGGAUGGGAGCGUGGUGCGCGCCUCGGAAACAGAGAACGCAGACCUGUUCCGUGGCGCGGCGGGCGCCGUGGGCACGCUGGGCGUCACCACGAUGAUCGAGUUGCAGCUGGUCGAGGCCAAGAAGUUCGUCAAAGCCCGGUACCUGCCGCAGCGGAGCGUGCGGGAUGCCAUCGCCGCCGUCCGCGAGGAGACGGGCAACCUGCGCAACGACUACGUUGACGGCAUGCUCUUUGCGCGCGACCAUGGCGUCGUUGUCACGGGCGAGAUGACGGAUGAAACGCCCGAGAUGCCUUCUCAAAUCCGAACUUUCAGCGGGGCCUGGGACCCCUGGUUCUACAUGCAUGUCCGCGACAAGACGAAAGUGGGCGCUUCGGCGUCUGCGCAGACAGAGUACAUCCCGCUCGCAGAGUAUCUCUUCCGCUAUGACCGGGCCGGGUUCUGGGUCGGGGCCUCGGCGUUCGACUACUUCAAGUUCCCCUUCAACCGGGCCACGCGCUGGUUCCUCGACGACUUCCUGCACACCCGCAUGCUGUACAAGGCGCUGCAUGCUAGCGGGGAGUCCAGCCGCUACAUCGUCCAGGACCUGGCGCUGCCGUACGCCACCGCGGAGUCCUUCAUCGACUACACCGCUGAUAAACUGGGGAUCUGGCCGCUUUGGCUGUGUCCGCUGCAGCCUAGCCCCGUGCCAACCCUGCACCCGCACACGCUCGAGCUCAAAUCCGACGGGGUCACGCCCGAGCAGAUGCUCAACAUUGGCGUCUGGGGGUUUGGCCCCGCCGAUCCGGAGGCCUUUGUUGCGGCAAACCGCGACCUGGAACACCGUCUGCGCGAGCUGGGUGGGAUGAAAUGGUUCUACGCGCAUACCUACUACAGCGAGAAAGAAUUCUGGUCCCUCUACGAUCGGGAAUGGUACGACGCCCUCCGCACGAAAUACAACGCCACCUCCCUGCCGAGCGUGUAUGACAAGAUCCGCAUCGACGUCGAGGCCGACCGUCGCGAACGCACGGAGUCGUGGGGGCGCAAGAUUCGCGACAUCUGGCCGCUUGGUGGGCUGUGGGGGAUUCGCAAAGCCAUCCAGAGCAAGGAGUAUAUGAUUCAUCGGAAGUCGACGUGGAAGUAUAAAGCAUGAAAGCAUAGCCUGUAAAUCUACCUGUAUAAUAUG